AUGGCGGCACGUCCAGUUCCGGGGUUCGUGCACCUCCAAGAUGGUGGCACGUCCGGUUCCGGGGGGACCAUCUCCUCAUCCAAGAGAGCGGCACGGUGCCUCCAAGAGGGCGGCGGUGGCGGAAGGGAGGGAGGGCGGGGAGGCGAAGGCGUCGGCGGCGGCAGCGCGAGGUCUGGGAGGGAGGGCGGCGGCGGCGGCGGCGGCGGCGGCGGCGGCGGCGGCGGCGGAGUGAUUGUUGACGGCUCAGGAUAUGGGUAUUUCGAUCACAUUCGUGUCCAAUCGUGCCUCUCAUUAAAUCAGAUCUUAGUUUUCGCUGUUGGUUGGCAAAGCUCAGAGGACAUCCCAGUUACGGCCACGUCACAACGUCGGUAA